UAAACGUCUCGGCUGAGCUCGUUGCUAACUUAGUUUCGUCUUCGCUUCGCGCAAGUCGUCUUCGUAUUUUCUUAGUCAUAUAUAUAUGUAUAUAUAUAUAUAUAUGUGUGUGUAGAUGUGUGUUUAUGUGUAUAUAUAUAUAUAUAUAUAUAUAUAUACACCUUUCUCUUUUUUGUUUUUUUUUUAACUUUCCAUAUCUGUAAUAUUUCAUUUCCACGAAAUUUCUUUAAAUGUACAAUACGAACUUUUAAACGUGUCCGUGAUAUUGUCAAAAGUUUCAAUGUUUUUGGAGAUUUAAAAUUUUUGUCAUCGAGAAAAAUCUAAGAAACGAAGUGAUUGUUCAUAAAAAAAAACAUAUAUAUACAUAUAUAUACAUAUAUAUGUAUAUAUACACAUUUACAUAUAUAUAAAUAUAUAUAUAUAUAUAUAUAUAUAUACAAUAAGUAAAAAGUAAAGUGAAAGGUGAAGAUUGAUCCAUAAUACUGGGGAUGAAGCCGCUAAAGGAUCAACGUAAUGAUUUUAUCAUGAAAUAAUAAAGCCCAAGGAUGAAGGAAGGCAAGGAUAUCGAUGAUCAAAAAACGGGGAACGACAACGGCGCAUACGUACAUUGUUCCGAGAAAAUUAACGAAGAUAAAUUGGACGUUACAAAGGAUAUAAUUAAAAAUUCUCACGGUAUCCAUCGCGAGAUACAAGGCUCGUCUGACUUUAUCUUGAUCGAAGAGCCAGGGGAUGAUGGUGCAAAGCGAAAGAAUAACUUUUUGGAUUCGACAUUACGAUUGGCAAAUCGUUGGGUCAAAUUCACUUGUUCUAAAAGAAAAUUAUAUAAAAGAUUACCAAUUUUAAGUUGGUUACCACGUUAUAACAAUCAAGAUGCACUUGGAGAUUUGGUUGCUGGUAUUACCGUAGGAUUGACUGUAAUUCCACAAUCGCUUGCUUAUGCAAAUGUAGCUGGACUACCAACAGAGUACGGAUUAUAUGGCAGUUUUUUGGGAUGUUUCAUUUACAUAAUAUUUGGUUCCUGCAAAGAUGUACCAUUUGGUCCUACUGCUAUACUUUCUUUAUUAACUCAUCAAUCUGUUGCUCAUUUGGACGCGCCAGAAAAGCAUGCGAUAUUAUUAUGCUUUUUAGUAGGUGUCGUUGAAUUAAUCAUGGGAAUUUUCGGACUCGGAUUUUUAAUUGACUUUGUAUCCGGUCCGGUUAGUUCUGGAUUCACUUCGGCAGUAGCACUGAUAAUAGUUACGUCACAAAUAAAAGAUAUCCUAGCUGUCUCUGCCAGGGGAUCUACCUUUGUACAGAUGUGGAAAAGCAUUGCCGAGUGCCUUUAUCAAACAUCGAUAUGGGAUACUACGCUUGGUAUAUGCUGCAUAGGUAUCCUAUUAAUACUCAGGAUGAUAUCUUCCUUUACAAUUGGUCCUGACAAUGAAGAACUUCGUACCAAAAAGCAGAGAAUAAUAAAUACGCUUAUAUGGUUGACCUGUACCUCAAGGAAUGCACUUCUUGUUAUUGUUUGCGGUUUAUUAGGAUAUCUUUUUAGUGCCGCACAUGAUGCACCCUUUCAAGUAAUUGGUCCCAUACCAGGUGGUAUGCCCACUUUACAACCACCUCCAUUUGGUUACAUCAAAGACGAUAAUACUACAGUCACUUUUAUAGAUAUGUGUACGAAUUUGGGAAGUGGUAUUCUUGUUCUUCCACUUAUUUCUUUGAUGGAGGAUGUGGCUAUUUUCAAAGCAUUUUCACAAGGAAAGUCAGUUGAUGCCACACAAGAAUUAAUAGCUAUUGGUUUAGCGAACGUUGGUAGUUCCUUUGUACAGGCUUUUCCAGGCACAGGAUCUCUUAGCAGAAGUGCCGUAUGUCAUGCUUCUGGAGUUAGAACACCAAUGAGUGGUCUAUAUGCUGGAUUAUUGGUGAUAUUGGCACUUCUUUUCCUUACACCUUACUUCAGUUAUAUACCAAGAGCUAGUUUAGCAGCAAUCAUCAUAUCUGCCGUUGUCUUCAUGGUCGAAGUGAAGGUCAUUAAGCCAAUGUGGAGAACCAAAAAGUCUGAUCUAAUCCCAGGAUUAGGAACUUUCAUUGCUUGCUUGGUGCUGCAACUUGAGAUUGGAAUUCUCUGUGGGAUUGGUAUGAAUGUAUUGUUCAUUCUUUACCAUGCAGCAAGACCAAAAAUAUCUGUUGAAAAAUUAACUACACACUGCGGGAUCGAUUAUCUGAUGUUGACGCCAGAUCGUUGUUUGAUCUUUCCUUCUGUGGAUUAUGUGAGAAAUUUAGUGACUAAAUAUAGUCACAGGACAGAGAGCGUAGAGACACCAGUUGUGAUAGAUUGUUCACAUAUUUAUGGAGCAGAUUUUACAGCUGCUACGGUCGUCGAAAGUCUGACCAAAGAUUUUGCAGUUAGAGGUCAACCCCUUUUCUUCUAUAAUUUAAAACCUUCUGUCUAUGCUGUAUUUGAAGGCAUCGCACCGACAAAUUUUGUUGUUUAUUAUGCUCAAGAAGCAUUGGACGAUUUAUUAAAAGAAAGAGGCUAUUUCAAUCACAUUAAACGAGUUUCACUAUCGACAUAAGUUUAAAUCAAUGUGUCUUCAAGGAACUGUGUAUCACUUAGGAGUGUUCGAUUUGACAAAGCAAAAUGAAAUGCUGAUAAAUCGAUUAUCACAAAGACAUGGUACAAUUAAAUAAACUUAAUAAUAGAAAAUUUAUGAGUAGUUAAAAGUGUGUUUCUACUGAUUCAUUUCUUAUCCUUCAAUAUGUAUAUAUAAUUCAUAAAUGCAUCUCGACUAUAAAGGAAACUUUGAUUUUCUUAAAUCUACAGAUCAUUUUUUUAACCUAUUAAAUACUCAUUUUUCUUUUCUACUUAUUUGAUUAUAAUUUAUUAUUUAAAAAAAAAAAAAAAAAAAAAAAAAAAAAGAAAAAAAAAGAAAGAAAAAGAGAGAGAAAAAAAUACAUGCAUAAUUAAAAAAUAUAAAGAAUCAAAGCUUUCACUUAUCUCGUAUAAUAUCAUCGUAUUAUUAGUUAUCACAGUUAGCUUUAGAAUUUCGAAUGGUAAUAAAUAAUAUCAUCAAAUUGAAAAUAAUGCUCAAGAGCUGAUCGUUUAUUGGCUCUUUCACGGAUACAACAUGGCGCACGAUGGAACCAUCCAAUCAAUCGAGUGUCCGGGAGAUGUCACGUGACUCGUAACUGUUGCAUUUGGAAGUACUAAUAGCGUCAUGAGCCAAUCGGAAUUUGUUCAAAGUGUUCACAACGAAUACUCUCGCGUAAUAGCGUGGUAUAUGUAGAGUGAAAUAAAGAGGAAAAAAAAAAGAUGUCGGAAAGGAAAGGAGUAAACGUACGGGUCGCGUAUGGUGCCAUCUGACGGUCGUGUGCGAGCAGUAGGAACAGAGCGAUAUGCAGAAGGUAGUCCUGCUCGCCAUAUUUGUUAUUAUCGUCGAUGGGGUAGGCUAGCUGGCGGAGUAUCGGAGUGGUGAGGUGUGCGAGAACGAGAAAGAGAGUGGGCGAGAGAAAGAGAAAGAAAGAGAGAAAGAGA